UGGAAGACCUUUUCAGGCGAAGACAACCAUUGCCCUCAAUGGACGCUAUAUACUUCAUCCAGCCAACAAAAGAGAAUGUUGUCAUGUUCUUAUCUGACAUGUCGGGAAGAGUGCCUUUGUACAAGAAGGCAUUUGUCUUCUUCAGUUCUUCUGUUUCAAAAGAAUUGGUUAACCGCAUCAAGAAUGAUACAAGUGUAUUACCUCGUAUAGGUGCUUUGAGAGAGAUGAAUUUGGAGUACUUUGCCAUAGACAGUCAGGGUUUCAUUACUGAUAACGAGAGGGCAUUAGAGGAUCUUUUUGGGGAAAAUGUGGAGAACUCACGCAUCUAUGAUGCCUGCUUGAACACAAUGGCCACUCGCAUAUCCACAGUUUUUGCUUCAUUGCGGGUAUGGAUUAAAAGCAUCUUCCUUGCUUUGCUGCUGUUGAACUUGAACAUUUAACAUGUUUAUAUCAAAUUAUUUAUUCAU